AUGGCAUCUGAUUUUCCAGUGACUGGUUCCUUGGUGAUAGCAGACUAUGUGGUGCUUUCUCUCACACUGGUGGUGUCUGUUGGCAUUGGAGUCUUCCACGGCUGGGUCAGCAGGAAGAAAGAAAGCUCCAGGGACUUUCUUACAGGAGGACAGAAGAUGACGGCUAUUCCUAUGUCGUUGUCUCUGACCGCCACCUUCAUGUCAUCCAUCACGGUGCUGUCCCAACCAGCUGAGGUAUACUGCUUUGGAGCCAUCAUUGCACUUUUCGGUAUAGCCUAUACGGUGUCUACAGUGCUCACAUCAGAGAUCUUUCUCCCAGUCUUCUAUCGGCUGAACAUCACCAGCACAUAUGAGUAUCUGGAGCUACGUUUUAACAGAGCUGCCCGUCUGGUGGGAACUGUGUUCUUCAUGAUUUACUAUAUCCUUUACAUUGGCAUCAUCAUUUAUAGUCCAGCUAUAGUUAUAAGCCAAGUUUCUGAUCUUGGUCUGUGGUGGGGGAUUAUUUCAACCGGGAUUGUCUGUACCUUUUAUUGCACACUGGGUGGACUGAAGGCUGUGGUUUGGACUGAUGUAUUCCAGAUGGGCAUAAUGCUGGCAGGCUUCCUGUCCGUCAUCAUAAAGUCAGUGCUUGUACAAGGUGGAGUCAGUACUAUUAUUUCAGAUGCACAGCAAGGAGGGAGACUCAACUUUUGGGACUUCGACAUGAACCCUGUGAGGAAAUACACCUUUUGGACCCUAGUAGUUGGUGGCUCGUUUUUCUGGCUUGGUUCAUUUGGUAUCCACCAGGCCCAAGUUCAGAGAUACGUCUCCUGCAAGACCAUCACUCAUGCUCGAGUAGCUUUGUACAUCAGCCUUUUAGGUGUGUGUUCAAUCCUGGCAUGUGCAGUGUUUGCAGGAAUGUGCCUGUACUCAAUGUAUAAGGACUGUGAUCCAUGGACAGCUGGAUGGAUCUCUGCCACCGAUCAGCUGAUGCCAUAUUUGGUGAUGGAUGUUUUGAUGGGCUGUCCUGGCCUUCCUGGACUAUUUUUUGCAGCAGUAUAUAGCGGCAGUCUCAGCACAGUAUCAACUGGCAUCAAUGCAAUGGCUGCAGUGACACUGGAGGAUUUGAUCAAACCAUACACAAAUAUGUCAGAGAAACAUCUCCACUGGGUCUCUAAAGGAUUAACUUUCUUCUAUGGGGUUUUAUGCACUUGCGUGGCUGCACUGGCCUCAGUCAUGGGAGGGAUAAUGCAAGCAUCUAUGACUAUGAGUGGGAUUCUUUGCAGCCCUUUUCUUGGUGUUUUCCUACUGGGGUUCCUCUGUCCCUUUGCAAAUUCCAAAGGAGCUUUGUGUGGUCUUGCAUCCGGGUUUGCUAUGGGUUCAUAUAUGGGCGCGUUAUCCCUGUUAUACCCUACUUCUCCUGAGGUGAACCGACGUCUACCUCUAAGCACUAAGGGCUGUAACUUCACCACUGAGACCUUGUUGAAUUGGACCACCACUGCUCUGCCUACAGAGCUGAGCUACAUCACCUCAGCUCCAGGACUGACCAGCGGUGUUGAGAAUCCUGUGGCAAAUAAUGGCUCCUGUCCUUCUUUCCUUUACUUCUGUCCAAUUGGAGCUCUAACAACCUUCACUGUAGGAGUGGUAGUUAGUUUGUUAACAGGAGGCUACAGGAAAAAAACAGCAACUAACCUUAUACUACUGAAGGAAGACACAACUCUCUAUUAUCUAUUGAAGUACAUCAAGAGCAAAGUAAGUGCUAACCAGUGCAUGUGUAAGCUCUUAACUAAUAAAACCACUUAAUUUCUCUCCAGUCCUCCUUCUUGAGGUCAUGAUAAAAAAAAGAAAAAGGAAAUCCGGUUAUCACUGAC